AUGUUCGUUCGCAACGGACGUUAAUUGACCAACACUGGAAAAACAGGCAAAACGUCGAUACACUUGCAGCAGCUCGCAGCAUCCCUUUACGGCAAUUGUGUUAUUAGCUCCACUAAGCCUAUCCGCUAGAAAAUAUUGUUAUUUCCGAAGAAAUUUUUCGACAGAUUCACAAAGCUAGUUCAAAAUGGGUAAUGAAAGUUCGCUGCCUAUGGAACUUUGUUCAAACUUUGAUGUAGAUGAGAUUAGAAGAUUGGGGAAAAGAUUUCGCAAGCUAGAUUUGGAUAAUAGUGGGGCUCUUAGCAUCGAUGAGUUUAUGUCUUUACCCGAGUUACAACAAAAUCCACUGGUACAACGUGUUAUUGAUAUAUUUGAUGCUGAUGGUAAUGGAGAAGUAGAUUUUAAAGAGUUUAUUCAUGGAGUCUCUCAAUUCAGUGUUAAGGGUGACAAGGAAAGCAAAUUACGAUUUGCAUUUAGAAUUUAUGAUAUGGAUAAUGAUGGUUAUAUAAGUAAUGGAGAGCUUUUCCAAGUGUUAAAGAUGAUGGUAGGCAAUAAUUUGAAAGAUACACAGUUGCAACAAAUUGUUGACAAGACAAUAUUGUUUGCUGAUAAAGAUGAAGAUGGCAGAAUUAGUUUUGAAGAAUUUUGUUCUGUUGUUGGUAAUACAGAUAUUCAUAAGAAAAUGGUGGUUGAUGUUUAAGUGAUCCAAGUUUGUGAAAAACUAUUAAUUUACAAAAUGUAUGUUAACUGAAAUUUCUCUAUAAAUUAAUAAUCUAUUAUAACAACAGAUUUAUGGGAUAGUUCUAACAGAGAUCUGUUUAGAGUGAACUUAUACAAUUAUUGUUCUUAAGUCUUUGAUCAUUACAAGUCUAUCCAAACAAAAUUUACAUAUGCCAGAUUAGUACAGUAUCACAUGCACAAACAUUUGAUUUCAAUAAUACAGAUUCGUUUGAACAUUGUGCCAUUAAAGAUAUUAUGGGACAAAUCAAACUAUCUUAUGUGUUCCCAAUACAAAAAUCAACAAUGUGAUCUUAAAUAGCUUAAAGCUUUUCAAGUAUCUCAAGUUUUUAACACUAUAUGAUUUUCAAAAUUUUCUUUAGAAAUUUGUAGAAAAAUUUGUUUAAAGCACUUGCUACAAAUAAUGUGAACAUAUUUAAUAUCUUUGUUUUAAUGAUUCUUAAUGAAAAAAUAUGAAAGUAAAUCAAAUCUCGCAUUAUUGAUAUAGUCACCAUAUUAUAACUUAUCGUAUUUCUGUCAUUGUUCAAAAAAGUAAUUGUUAAUAUUAUCCUUAAUGACGUUAAUAUCGUUAAAAUACUUAAUGACCGACCAGAGUCCUUAAGGAUAUUAUUAUUUUAAAUGCUAUUAAUAUUUUAGACGAAAGUUAUAAAAGUUAGAUAAUCCAGGUAUUCUCAUAUAUAUUUAUAAGAAACAAUUCCAAAUUGUGCAUUCGGAAGAUACACUAGAACAAUUUAUGAUUACAGACAACAUAUUAAUUAUUAAAUCACAGAUCUACUUGAUUAGUCUUUACGUGUAUAAGACUUGUGUGUAUAAACUGUGUAUUGACUUUGGAUGUUUGUAAUUUUCGAAUGUGCGAUUUAUUUAUUUAUUUAGAU